CUCCUAGUUGCUUCAUGCUACUGAAAUCAGAAAUAAGCCCCGGCUUGAUUGGUCACUUGGCUUAUAUGUAGACUUAAGCUACAUUAUAUUUUCAUGAUCAUUGAACAACAAAGAAACAAUGAAAAAUUUGACUUUUUUGAUAGAACUGUCUAAUAACCGCAUGAGUUACUGAUAAAUGCUAUAUCCGGUACAAAAGGGAAGUGUGAUGAGAAGAACUUUCCUAACACAAGCUUCAGAUAAUUUUGUAAAGUUUUUGUUUAAGUUUUGCUGAAACAGAGAUUUGAGCAUUUUGGUGUGUUUUUAGGUUAAAGGAUGCUACUCGUCAAGCAGACCGUAUGACAAAGACACACAAGAAUGCUGCUGACACCUUCAUCAGGAUCUCAAGUUGUAUUUCGCAGAUGGGCACUAGUGAAUACAUGGAUAUAGAUAGAUUCCUGAAUAAGGUUUCUGAAUAUUUUGAGAAAGCUCGUAAAUUGGAGGGCCGUGUUGCCUCUGACCAAGAUCUGAAAACUUCUGACCUACUGAGAUAUUACGUGAGAGACACGGAGGCUGCAAAGAACUUGUUGUAUCGCAGGACGAGAUGUUUAGCUGACUAUGAAAAUGCUAACAAGGCCCUGGACAAGGCAAGGGUAAAGGGCAAAGAAGUCGCAGCAGCAGAGACAGCUCAGCAAACAGCUUCUGAAAAAUAUGAACACAUUUCAGAAGUAGCUAAACAAGAACUGACAGACUUCAAGACAAGAAGAGUCCAGCAGUUUAGAAAGAGCAUGACUGAACGGGCAGAGUUAGAGCUGAAACAUGCCAAGGCCCACGUGAACCUCCUGAAAACAACAUUAGGACAGUUAAAGGAAUUGUAGUCAACAGCUGACAGAUAUUAAUUAGGAAAUACUCUUCAAACAAUUUCGUUUAGUAGUGAUAAAAAUUGUUCAAAAUAUAAUUAAAACACAUAGCGUUAUAAAACUGCGACGGUUUACAACGAACGUCAAACAUUUGUCCUAAAGCCAAAGAUAAAUGGACUUUUUAAAAAUGUUUUGGUGAUCCUCAUUGUCUCUCUAAUUUUACGUCAAUUGAUUUUUUAACUGCCAUUUCCUAGUGAGCCAACGAUUUUGUGGCAGCGGCUGGUUAAUAUGACGUAUUCGUAUGACGUCGACCUGACGUAAUUUCUUGCAAUAAAAGUUCCUUGACUGACUUAAGGAAGCAGUCCAAAUUAUUCUAAUGUUUUAAAGAGUAUAGUGGUGAGCGGUGUUAGGGGAAGGUCACGUUAGAGACCAUCUGGUCUCGGAACUGGAGAGUUAUGCACUUUUGUGCGGCACUUAAAGUUGAUUUAUUUCAGUAGAAUAAUACAGAAUUACAAAUUGUGUUUUAUAGA